UCGCGAGGCGAGUACUUUCUUCCACCUCCCUCGUGUUCUCAGUCGCCGGAGCGGGAACCUUUCUCCAAGUCGGGACUCUUCGCAGCCGCCACCAUGACUGUGGGCAAGAGCAGCAAGAUGCUGCAGCACAUCGACUACAGGAUGAGGUGUAUCCUGCAGGACGGCCGCAUCUUCAUUGGCACUUUCAAGGCCUUUGACAAGCACAUGAACCUGAUCCUAUGUGACUGUGAUGAGUUCAGGAAGAUCAAGCCAAAGAAUGCAAAACAACCCGAACGUGAGGAAAAGAGGGUUCUGGGACUGGUGCUGCUUCGUGGGGAGAACUUGGUCUCUAUGACUGUGGAAGGUCCACCCCCUAAAGAUACAGGGAUUGCUCGUGUGCCAUUGGCUGGAGCUGCAGGAGGCCCUGGGAUUGGCAGGGCUGCAGGAAGAGGUGUGCCAGCUGGUGUUCCCAUGCCCCAGGCUCCUGCAGGCUUAGCAGGGCCUGUCCGGGGGGUUGGUGGGCCAUCCCAACAGGUGAUGACUCCCCAGGGAAGAGGAACUGUCGCUGCUGCAGCUGCUGCCGCCACAGCCAGCAUUGCAGGAGCUCCAACACAAUAUCCACCAGGCCGAGGGGGACCUCCCCCACCAAUGGGUCGAGGGGCACCUCCUCCAGGCAUGAUGGCUCCUCCACCUGGAAUGAGACCUCCCAUGGGCCCUCCAAUGGGGAUGCCACCUGGACGAGGGGCACCAAUGGGCAUGCCCCCUCCUGGCAUGAGACCACCACCUCCAGGAAUGAGAGGUCCUCCACCUCCAGGGAUGCGCCCACCAAGACCCUAAGAUCCUCUAGGCCUUGCUCAGAUGCUUGCCACCUGGAAAGUUGUAAAUAGUUAUCUUACUGCCUUUGAACUUGGUUUAUAAUAAACUUGAGGAAAAAAA